CAGAAUUGCGCAUUUCCAUAGUUGGUGCCGCAAGUACGAAGACUAUGUUCACUGUACGCACCGCGUUCACAAGGAUUAGUAGAUUGACUACACUUUCCCUUAUGAGUGCAACAAAGAAGCAAAAGAUGAGCCUAACUAUUGGAACACACGAUGGUACUUUCCACGCUGACGAAGCUCUAGCAUGCUUUUUGCUGCAUAAUACUGAGAAGUAUCAAGGAGCCAGCAUUGUACGCACAAGAAAGCCAGAAUUAUUAGCUGAGUGUGAUAUUGUUGUGGAUGUAGGUGCCGUAUACGACCCCGAAACCAAUAAGUUUGAUCACCAUCAGCGUACAUUCGACGAUACAUUCGACGACAAGCAUAGUACAAAAUUGUCCAGUGCUGGAUUGGUCUACAAGCAUUUCGGGAGAGAGGCACUUCGACGAAUGAGCAAGCGUGAGCUUUCAGCAGAUGUGUUGGAACUGGUUUACCAAAGAAUCUACGAUAGCGUGAUUGAGGGUUUCGACGGUGUGGAUAACGGCGUAUCUAGAUAUCCAGCAGACCUUGUGCCCAAGUAUGCAGACUCGACGCAUAUUGCAGGGCGUGUUUCGCGCCUGAAUCCAUCGUGGAAUGACAAAGACGCGGAUGUCCCAAUACAAUUUAUGAAAGCAGUGCGCAUCACCGGUGACGAGGUAUCAUCUCAGCUGGACAAUUUAGUGUUGUCAUGGUUGCCGGCCCGGGAUAUUGUGGCCAAUUCAAUCUUAAAUAGAAAGUCAGUACAUCCAUCUGGUAGUAUCCUGGAACUAGAAACAGCGUGUCCGUGGAAGGACCAUUUCUUUGAUCUGGAGAAAGAUAACGAAGGAGACGAUACUUCUGGGAUAUUAUACGUGAUCUUCCCAGAUAGUGCUGGUUCUUGGCGCGUACAAGCUGUACCCACACAGCCCACGUCGUUUCAGUGCCGCAAAUUUAUGCCAGAACCAUGGAGAGGCGUUCGGGAUCAGGCCCUCUCCGAACUUACUGGUAUAGAAGGAUGCAUCUUCACGCACGCCAAUGGAUUCAUUGGUGGAAAUAGGACACGCGAGGGAGCAUUGGCAAUGGCUGUUGCUUCAUUAUAAAACAAUUGUGUGUACUUGAGCGUUUUCAAUGCAUUUCAUGGAUCAUAGUCCUUCUUCAUCU